AUGUCAGUUACUCUUUCGACAACCUCGAGAAAUGCUCCUCUACUCAUUCAUGACGGAUAUUCUUAUAUUAUUGAUCGACGAACCGACAAGAAGAUAUUAUGGAAAUGCGAAUAUUCCAGAAAAUUUAAAUGUCGUGGGCGAUUACAUACUGAUUCAAACAACAUAUUUAUUCAAACCAUUGGUGAUCAUGAAAAUCACAUUGGUGAUCCACGUUCUGGGCUAAUUCGAAUAUAUUAUGAUCGAUUACGACAAGAAUCUCUACAAAAUCAAACUAAUCCGCACAAUAUUUUAACACAAGCAAAUAUUGGUGUUCAAGAUGAAGUGCGUGUUCAAUUAACAGGCAAUAAUAAUUUAAAAAGAAACGUUCGCCGUUGGCGACAAGAAACCAGUACAGCACCAAUACCAUCAAACAUUAAUUUUCCAGUUAUUCCAGAUAAAUAUUAUCGAACAACACGUGAUACAAUAUUUCUUCGUAAAGAUACUGGUCCAACUUCAGAUCGAAUAUUAAUUUUUUUUACUGAUGAACAACAAAGCAUUAUGGAAAAUGCCACCGAUUUUUUCAUUGAUGGAACGUUUAAAGUUGUUCCAGAAAUUUUCUUUCAACUUUUUGUGAUCCAUGCUCUUUACCGUGACCAUGUAUUACCAGUAUUAUUUGUUCUUUUACCGGGCAAAAGUGGUCAAAUCUAUGAGAAAAUGAUGAGUGAUAUAAUGCAACUAGUUCCAGGAUGGGCUCCUCAAAGAAUGAUGAUGGAUUUUGAGAAAGCCUCAAUGAACAUGGUUAGCAAUCGUUUUCCUAGAAUCGAACUUAGCGGGUGUUUCUUUCAUUUAAGUCAAUCCGUUCAACGAUUUUUACAAAAUAAUGGUUUAAAGAAAAACUAUGAAACAGAUGUUGUAUUUGCAGACAACAUUCACAAGAUAUUAGCUUUAUCAUUUCUUGAACCCAAUCAAGUUAUUCAUGGUUUCGAAUAUUUAUGCUCGAAUCUCGGUGAUGAAUAUCAACAAGUUCUUGAUUACAUGGAGGACAAUUAUAUUGGGCGACUUCGUGGACGCUCAAGACGAGCAGCAACAUUUCCUAUUAGUUUUUGGAAUAUGACAGCACGCGUGAAGAAUAAUAUGCAUCGCACGAAUAAUAAUAUUGAAGCCUGGCAUCGAAAAUUGAACUGUGCAUUUCAAUGUACUCAUCCAAACCUAUGGACAUUCAUGGAUAAAUUAAUCAAAGAAGAAAACAAUAUACAUUCAGAUAUUAUUAAUGCUAUGUCUGGUCGUUAA